AUGGAGGGCUGCUUGGGGGAGGAAUCUUUCCAGAUGUGGGAGCUCAACCGGCGCCUGGAGGCCUACCUGGCGCGGGUGAAGGCCCUAGAGGAGCAGAAUGAGCUGCUCGGCGCGGAGCUCGGGGGCCUCCGGGCACAGACCGGGGACGCCUCCUGGCGCGCCCGUGCCGACGACGAGCUGGCGGCCCUGCGAGCCCUCGUCGACCAGCGCUGGCGAGAGAAGCACGCGGCCGAGGUGGCGCGCGACAACCUGGCGGAAGAGGUGGAGGGCGUGGCAGGCCAGUGCGAGCGGCAGCGGCUGGCGCGGGAGCGGGCGGCGGCCGAGGCGGCCCGCAACCGGCGUGCGGCCGAGGCCGAGAAGUGCGCCCAGGCCCGGCUGAGCUCCCGGGCGGCGGAGCUGGAGCGCGAGCUGGAGGUCGCGUGCGCUGCGCACGAGGAGGAGCGCGCCGCCCUGAGCGCCCGGCCCCGCGCCCCCAGCCGCCCCGCCGCGCCCCGCGGGCCCCCCGCGCCCGCCCCGGAGCUGGAGGAGCUCACGCGGCAGCUGGGCGACGCGUGGCGCGGGGCCGUGCGCGGCUUCCAGGAGCGCGUGGCGCGCAUGGAGACGUCGCUGGGCCAGGCCCGCGAGCGCUUGGGCCGCGCCGUGCAGGGCGCCCGCGAGGGCCGCCGGGAGCUGCAGCAGCUGCGGGCCGAGCGCGGCGGCCUCCGGGAGCUACGGGCGGCGCUGGAGCAGAGGCUGCAGGGCGGCUGGCAGGAGCGGCUGCGCGCCACCGAGAAGUUCCAGCUGGUGGUGGAUGCCCUGGAGCAGGAGAAGCAGGGCCUACAGAGCCAGAUUGCCCGGGUCCUGGAAAGUCGACGGCAGCUGGCGCACCUCCAGAUGUCCCUCAGCCUGGAGGUGGCCACAUACAGGACCCUCCUAGAGGCCGAGAACUCCCGACUGCAGACCCUCGGCAAUACUUCCAAGGCUUCCCUCGGCUUCCAGGACCCUAAGCUGGAGCUGCAUUUCCCUGGGACCCCGGAGGGCCGGCAUCUGGGACCUUUGCUCACUGCCCUGAGCCCCACUUCCCUCUCCUUGCCCCUGCCUGAUACCCUUGAGACACCUGUGCCAGGCUUUCUGAAGAGCCAAGAAUUCCUCCAGGCCCGUACCCCAACCUUGGCCAGCACCCCCAUCCCGCCCACACUUCUGGCUCCCUGUGCCAUUACGGAUACAGAGAUCAGAGCCCAGGAUGCCCCCUUCUCCCUGCUCCAGCCACAGAUUGGGAGGCAGCAGGUUCCAGAGGCUCUGCACUCGAAAGCCAAGGUAGCCAUCCCUUCCAGCAUCCUGCCAGGACCAGAGGAGCCUGGAGGCGAGCGACAAGAGGCCAGUACUGGCCAGUCCCCUGAGGAUCAUACCUCCUUGGCCCCACCCCUCAGCCCUGACCCCUGUAGUUUAGAGGCCAAAGGUAGAGAACCCGGUGGGUCUGGAAUGGUCAGCAGAUUCCAGGAGGAAGGUGAAGGGCAAAUCUGGGGGCUGGCAGAGAAAGAAAUGGCCAUAGAGGUAAAAAUGGUGAACAGUUUGCAGCAGGAACCACGGCAAGAAGACGGGGGUCUCAACAUGAAGGAAAUCCAGGACUCCCAGGGUCCUUUGGAAAAAGAAACUCUGAAGUCUGUGGAAGAGGAAACUCAAGAGCCACUGAUGUCUCCGGAAAAACAGAGCCAUGAGGCUCUGAGAUCUCUAGAGGAGAAUCCAGAAUCUCUGAGGUCUUUAGAAGAAGAGAAUUUAGACACAUCAAAAGGUCUAGAAAAGGAGAAUCAAGAGCUAUUGAUGUCUUUAGAAGAGAAGGAUGCAGAAGUAGGGAGACCUCUAGAAAAAGAGACUCUAGGACUACUUAAACCUGUAGGAAAAGAGGACCCACAGACAUUGCAAUCUCUAGAACAGGAGAAUCAAGAACUAAUGAGGUCUCUUGAAGGUAAUCUAGAGACAGUUUUAUAUCCAGAAAAGGAAAAUCAAGAGUUAGUCAGGUCUGUAGAAGAGAACUUUGAGUCAACUAGAGAUUUAGAAAAGCAGACUCAAGAGCCACUGAGGUCUCUAGAAGAAGAGAAGCAGGAGACAGUGAGACCUCUAGAAGAAGAGAACCAGGAGCCAGUGAGGUCUCUAGAAGAAGGCCAGGAGACACUGAGGUUUCUAGAAAAAGAGAACCAGGAGCCAGUGGAGUCUCUAGAAGAUGAGAACCAGGAGACAUUGGGACCCCUAGAAAAAGAGAACCAGAGGUCCUUGAGACCUCUAGAAGAAGAGAACCAGGAGCCAACAUUGAGAUCUCUAGAAAAAGAGAACCAGGAGCCAGGGGAGUCUCUAGUAGAAGAAGACCCGGCAACAUUGAGACCUCUAGAAAAGGUGAAACCAGAGCCACAAAUGUUUCUUGGAAAAGACCAGGAGAUAUUUAGAGCUCUUGAAAAUGAGAAUCAACAGUUAUUAAGGUUCCUAAAAGAAGAGAGCGUAGAGGCAAUGAGAUCUUCAGAAACUGAGAAUCCAGAGCCACUAAAGUCUGCAACAGAAGACUUAGGAAUAUUGAAAUCUCUAGAGACUCAGGAGCCACUGUGGUCUCCAGAAGAAAUGAAUCAGGAGACAACGAAACCUCUAGAAAAGGAAAUUCAAGAAGCACUGGACUCUGUGGAGGAUGACCGAGAGACACCGAGACCCCUAGAUAAGGGGGACCAGGAAUCACUGAGAUCUCUGGGCGGGUGGAACCUAGAGACUCUGAAUCCGCCAGAAGAGCUAGGUCAGGGAAGUCAAAGGAACCUGACCGAGGAAGAGACCCCUGAGCAGACAGAGAAUCCAGAGUCGCCGAGGUCUUUGGAAGAGGAGGGACAGGAGCUGCCACUGCCUGCCAGCCAGCAGGGGUGGGAAGAUGUGGUGGGGGACCGAGAACUGGAGCAGGGUUUGCCCCCUGGCAGGGCAACGCUGGACGUGAGGGAGUGGGCUGGCUCCGCCGGGAAGGAGUCUGUGGGGCAGGGACAGCCACGGCUGGUGGCCGCAGGGGAGGUCUGGAGCACAGGCUCAGAGGGGCACUCAGGGAGCCCUGAGCCCAAAGAGCAGAGGGUCCCAGUUGAGGGAGCCGGGGGGGAGGGAGGCACUGAGGGCCUCCGGGACCCCGAAGGGCAGCUGGAGCAAGUGGGGGUGCCAGGCCUCCAAGCUCCCCAGGGAGUGUCAGGGGCGAGAGAGCUGGUGUUGGAAGGUAGAGAUGAGGCCCUGGGGGGUGGCCAGGCCUCCCCAGAGGUCACUUCGGGGUUAGAGACAGCUGUGGGCGAGUCGGCUGCAGGAAGCCGGCAGGGACCAGAGCAGGAGGUGGUGGGGCUGGAGGACCCAGGGCCCCCGGCCAGAGAGGAGGGGGAGGCGUCACCCAUGGGCGAGGAAGGUUUGGAAGCAGAGAAGAUGCAGGGUUUGGAAGGGCCCAGAAAGGACCCAGAGGAGGCAGCUGCUCUGGACCCAGAGCUUUCCACCCUGUCCAGGAAGAGCACAGACCCCCUGGAGCCUCCCAGGGGCUGGGAGGAGGCAGAGCCAGAGGCCCCGUGGGGAGCGGAGGCUGGGCUCCCUGCCGAGACCAAGUGCCCCUCUCACUGUGGAAGCAGUAGCGGUACCCCUCAGCCCAGGCCCCUGGGGUCAGAGGAAGCAGGAGAAGAUGCAGAGCUAGUGCUGGGGCCCCCCAGCCCAAGGCCCACUGAGCCCCGGGCGCCCACCCCAAUCCCUGGAGAUGCCCCUGGGCUCCAGCUCCUGGCUGAGGGGAGCCAGGAGGCUGGCUGGGGACUGGAGGGGGAGCAGGAGAAAUUGGGUUCUGAGGGGAGCCCUGAGGAUCUCCAGGAGGAGGGGGAGGAGAACAGAGAAGACAGCGAGGCUGAUGAGCUUGGGGAGACUCUUCCUGACUCCACUCCCCUGGGCCUCUAUCUCCGGUCCCCAGCCUCCCCCACGUGGGGCCUGCGUGGCGAGCAGAGGCCCUCCCCUCAAGGGGAGGCCAGAGAGGAAGGCUGGGCUCCUUCUGUCCCGGCCCCUGAGGGCUGUGGGGCUCAGCCGGGGGAAGAGGAGGAGGAGGAGGAAUGUGGUCAGGACUCGGACUUGUCCGAGGAGCUUGAGGACCUGGAGGCCGAGGGUUCUCUCCUUCCCGGCCCCCCUGGGGAGGCUGUGGAGCCUCCAGGCCGAGCGUCUCAGCUGCUGCUGGAGCCUGCGGCCUGGGACGGGGGCGGGGAGUCCGAUGGGUUUGCAGAUGAGGAAGAGAGUGGUGGGGAGGACGGGGAGGAAGAAGAGAGGAGGGAGCCAGGGGCUGGCCGCUGGGGCCCCCUGCCACCCCUGAGUGGCCCUCAGAGGGGGAACUUCCUGGGGUCCGAGGCCGCAGAGGGCGGCGUCCCCUGGGAUGAUGGCCUGAGGGGCAUGGAAGCCGGUGUCCGCGUGACUGCCCUGGAGACUGAGUCCCAGGACAGCACGGAGCCCUCGGAGGGCUCCGAGGAGGAGUCUGGCCCUGUUCCCUUGGAGAGGGAGGACCCGGCCCCUGGCCCUCUGGGAACCCUCAGCGGGGUGGGAGACCUGGGCCUGGGAGUGGGGGACAGCCGGGGUGUCAAUGGCCAGGGCCCCAGCCUGAAGGAGGAGUUAGAGCGUGUGAACGGGGGGGUGGUAAAUGGGCUGCAGCCGUCCGAGGGGGGGGAGCAGGGGAAACUGGGGGGCCCUGAGGCGGACCAGGGCAGCCCCUUGGAAGAGGAGGGGGACGAGGGGGGUGCCCUGAAGGCCCCUUGGGCAGGACCUCCUCUUCACCUUGGCGUGGGCCAGUUCCUGAAGUUCACUCCAAGGGAAGGAGAUGUCGACUCGUGGUCCUCAGGGGAGGACUAGAGAGAGCUCCUCCUCCCUCACUCUGAGGACUGGGGGGGGGGGUGUGCGCACGCACGUGCGUGUCAGGGGGGUCCCUAAGCCCCCUCCCUGCUCAGAGGCAGCACCCUUAAGUUAGGAUCCCUUGACCUGUGUGGCUUCUGUCCCAGAGGCCUGGCCGGCCAAGGUGAAGCAGGGUGUGGCAUGGGGAUGCGUCCCAAGAACGGAGGCUCCAGAAUGCAACCCAGCCCCUCGGACCCGGCCGUCCCGCGAAGCUUCAGCCCGCUGAACCACUGUAGCACUAGGCCCCUUUCCUCCCACACCCCUUCUCCCCCCUCCUGCCAUCUGGACAGGGCUCCUCCCAGGGGAGGGGGCUGUGGUGGUCCUCACCACAGGGCUCACCAGCCCUGUCCCCCCUCGCUGCACCCUCCCGGGGUGUCUGGCCACUGGGUGAGGGGGUGCUCCUAGGUCCUGACUCCCGUAUUCCUGCCAUGUUGUGUCUGGCUCAUCCCUGCCUGAAUAAAGUAGUUCU